CCCAAACAUAUAUUUCCUUGUCCUGUCAUCUAAAAUUUUGACGUUUCCUCAUAAAAACUAUACCGCCUUUCGCUCCAAAAUAAAUAAAAUUAAAAAUCUAAAAGCAAAACGAAAACGAAAACAAUGGGUUCAGCUUCAAAAGUAGGAGAGAUUUUCACUGCAGCCGGUCAGGCAUUCAACCGCCUUGGGGAGCUGACGAUGCAAUUACAUCCCAGUUCAGAUUCACCAACAGGGAGCAAAUGGACAGAUGAAGAAAUCGAAAUGUUGCACUCAUCGAUAACCCGUUUCUCAGAAGAUCUAAGCAAAAUAAGUUUACGAAUUAAAAACCGCACAGUGUCACAAAUACGUCAAACGUUGAAAAAGAAAGCCUACGAAGACGCAGGCAUCCCGGCCAAGCUCGUUCCAACCAAUCAAGUUCAGCAAAUACUCAAUGCUCCCCCGGUCCAACAACAGGUACAGACCUCACAGCAGCAGCAGCCAAAACUUAUUCAGCAGCAAGUGAUCAUACAACAGGCGACGACGCCAAUGACAGUGAGCUCGCAACUACAGCAGCAUCCGCAAACGAUACAAUCCCAGCCCCACCAGCCACCGCAAACUGUGACCAUUCAGCAACUUCAACAAAUAAAGUCCGAGACAGUGGUGGUGGACAACAGUGCAACUGGCCUGAUGACCGGCACCAAGUCUGGCGACAUGAUGAUCACCCUCAAUCGAUUGAACACCCAAGAGAACGAAGUCGAUGUUGAAUGCUUGCCCUCCGACGUUAAAUUAGAGUUUUCUGGGGAGGAGGUGGCCGGGUGAAAUCCAGCCCAAUAUGACGAGUACUAUUUCUUCAAGAAGUGAAGUAAAGUAGCCCCAAGAACGUUGUGAACCAUGCACCAUCCAACUCGGCCCUGAAACGAAACAAUCCCCAAAACAAAUCUGUUCUCUCGACAAAACAAUUUGGCAUUCGUAAUUAGUUUAUUUUUAAGUAUUAUGUAUAAAAACAAACAAACAAAUACCCUUUCGAUUACUAUACCUAUUACAUCAAAAUUAUAACUGUACAAAUAACUAAUAAAGUAUCCUAAUUAUAAUCUUUAAGUCUAA